UAUUGUAAAUGCACCACAAUCUUGUUCUUACUCAUUAUAGUUUCACCAUUUAUAGCUUAUGCCCUCUCGCUUUAGUGCGCAACCCAGUAACCUUCUUCUGUCCCAAAUUCAGAAGUUCAUACCUAAAAAGUGGACGAGUGUCAGAGAAUCAGACAACCGAAAAAACUGUGGCCAAACCUUGCUGUGUAGCUCACAUGAAUGUAUUUCAGGGCCUUGUAAAGAAAGUAAUGAAUCAAUGGUGGAUUGCCUACUGACAACUUUGAAGGACUUUGCGGGCCAAGGCCACAUAUGCAAAGCCUUUAGAACCUUUUCUCUAAUUCGGACUCAUGUCUCCUCUCAAACCCCUUGUGAUCUUGUUAUACAGUCAUUAUCAUCUCUUUUAUUAUGUUGUACUAAUAGCAAAUCACUCUCUGAAGGGAAACAAAUUCAUGCAUGCAUUAUUAAUUUGGGCAUUGCACAUAGUUGGAAUUUGGUGCCGAGGAUAAUCACCUUUUAUACGACCUUUGGUUUACUUGAUGAUGCUCAUGUAAUUGUUGAAACUUCAAAUAUCUUGCACCCUCUCCCUUGGAAUCUCCUUAUUUCUUCUUAUGUUAAAAAGCGGCAAAACGAGGAGGCAUUCUCUGCCUAUAGGCAGAUGGUGAAUAGAGGUAUAAGACCCGAUGAUUUCACUUAUCCGUCUGUUCUUAAGGCCUGUGGUGAGCAAUUAAAUCUUGCUUUUGGCCGUGAUAUUCACAAGUCUAUAGAUGCUAGUUUCUUAGAGGGUAACUUGUUUGUCCAGAAUGCUUUAGUUUCUAUGUAUGCAAAGUGUGGGGAAGUGGAUGUUGCACAUGAUAUAUUUGAAAGGAUGCCAGUUAAGGAUGCAGUUUCUUGGAAUUCAAUGAUCUCUGGUUAUGCUUCCAAAGGUAUGUGGAGUAAAGCUUUUGAGAUUUUUGAUAGAAUGAGGGCUACUGAUGCUGAAUUCGAUAUUAUUACUUGGAACACCAUAGCUGGAGGUUGCUUGAAGACAGGUAACUUUAUUGGGGCUCUUAAAUUGUUAUCUCAAAUGAGAACUUGUGGAAUUCAGCUAGAACCUGUGGCAACACUUAUUGGCUUGGGUGCAUGUUCCCACACUGGUUUGUUAGAAAUUGGAAAACAAAUUCAUGGUUUAGUGAUCCGAAGUCACCUUGAUGAUUUUGAUAAUGUAAGAAAUGCUUUAAUCAAUAUGUAUGCCAGAUGCAAGGCACUCAAGCAGGCACAUAUUUUGUUUCAGUUUGUUGACUCUAAAACUGUAAUUACCUGGAAUACAAUCAUAUCUGGCUUUGCACAUUGGGACAGGUCUGAGGAAACUUCCUUUCUUUUCCGAGAAAUGCUGCUUUCUGGUGUUGAGCCGAAUUAUAUCACUAUAGCAGGCAUUCUCCCCCUGUGUGCUAGGGUGGCAAAUUUACAACAUGGUAAAGAAUUUCAUUGCUAUCUUACAAGACGUGAAGGGUUUGAGGAAUAUUUGCUCUUGUGGAAUUCACUUGUGGAUAUGUAUGCAAGAUCUGGAAAGGUAUUAGCAGCCAGAAAGUUAUUUAAUUUGAUGAGCAAGAAAGAUGCAGUUACCUACACUUCGAUGAUAGCAGGACAUGGUAUUCAAGGUGAAGGAAGAGAAGCAAUUGAACUAUUUAAUGAGAUGAUAAGGCUCCAUAUAAAACCAGACCAUGUGACCAUGGUUGCUGCUUUGUCAGCCUGUAGUCAUUCAGGCCUUGUGAUGCAGGGCCAGAAACUAUUUGAACAGAUGCAAAGUACUUAUGGUAUAAAUCCUCAUUUGCAGCACUUCUCUUGCAUGGUUGACCUCUUUGGUAGGGCUGGUCUACUUAAAAAGGCAAAGGAAAUCAUUAUAAAGAUGCCUUUUGAGCCGACACCUGAAAUGUGGGCAACUCUCCUUGGAGCAUGUAGGAUUCAUAAGAAUACUGAGAUAGGAGAGUGGGCAGCCGAGAAACUGCUGGAGUUGAGGCCUGAUAAGCCUGGAUACUAUGUGUUGAUUGCUAAUAUGUAUGCAGAUGCUGGGUGUUGGAACAAACUGGCAAAAGUGAGGACCGUCAUGCGAGAUUUUGGUGUAAGAAAGUCUCCAGGAUGUGCUUGGGUUGAUACUGGUUCUGGCUUUUCUCCCUUUUUGGUUUCAGAUACCUCCAGUGGCCAAACAAAUGAAAUUUAUUGUCUACUGGGAGGACUGAAUAGGCUAAUGAAAGACACUGGUCAUUUGACUACAGAGGAUUCGUCUUCCGAAGAAGAACUUUGUGAAGGACUUCUUUUGUAGAAAAGAAAGGCGAGACUAUGUCCUGUCCUUUGACUGUUUCCAUAAGAACUUUGCUCAUGUUUCCUGUUGCAAAGUAUUUGUCAUCGCUCAUGCAGAAUAUGUGCCAGUUUGAUCAAACAUUCUGACUUUUCUGCCACGGUUGAGCCUCGCAGGUUUUGGAGAGUAAGGGAACACUUAUAGAAUCUAUAUCAGUCUUCAAGAAGCAAACAAUGGACGAAAAUCUGGCAUUUGAAAUGCUGGAAAACAACUUGAAGUUAAUCUGAGAUCAUUGUUUGUCAGAUGGUUCUUCAAGCUGACCAUGUUUUGCGGCAAUGAAUAUAAUGUAGCUAUGGAGAAAUGGUUUGAAGUCCUGCACGAAGAGAUAGAAGGUUAGACUUGCAUUACUAAACUGAACCUUGAAUCCUGGAAACAUUAACGUUAGCCUGAAAACCUCUUUCUAGAAAAGAAAAACUUGUAAAACGA